AUCAACACCAAUUAAGUAGCUUUCUGCACUUGGUGGCUACUUUUGUUCCUACAAUGGCUUUUAAAGCUAUGCUCUUCCUGUUGGCCUCUUUCCUGUUAGUUUCUGAACUUAGGGUUUCAUCUAAUGGUGAAGAAUUCUUAAUGGAGGACUACUUACCAACAAAAAGACCACCACGAGUACCACCUGUGAUCCAGAUCCAUGCUAAAGUCCCAGUAUCUACUCCAACUCAUAGCCCGCUAAAGGCACCGCCUCCAGUUCAUGUCCCAAUUAAAGCACCACCUGCUGCUCCUCCAGUUAAGCCACCAGUUUCUGCCCCUCCGGUGAAACCACCGGUUUCUGCACCUAAGCCCCCACCAAUUAAAACAAGAAUAGAUUGCAUUCCCCCAUGUACAGAAAGGUGUAAGAACCAAUCAAGGAAGGGACUGUGCUUGAGGGCAUGUAUGACAUGCUGUGAUCGAUGCAAAUGUGUUCCACCAGGAACAUAUGGUAACAGAGAGAAGUGUGGCAAGUGCUACACUGAUAUGACCACCCGCGGUGACAAACCUAAGUGCCCAUGAUACGAGUUUGUUACUACUUUUCUUAGUGAGUAUGAAAUUGAGGCUUGUUACAUUGGCUAAAUGUGUAAUAAAUUUGAUAAUGGGAACAAAAUAUAAUGGUUCUUCAGUGACCACUACCAACUGCAACAAUAUAUGACAAA